AUUGACGGAAGCAAUUCGCCAAGGUCGAACAAACCAUGCUAUCUCUAUGAAGCGAGUUCCCGAGCAGUUUGAUCUCAUUCAGAAGAAAGCCGAACACUCUCCAUUCUACGAGCCGUUUUUAUCUAUUCCAGAUUCGCUUUCCUUACAAGAUAAGAAGAUGCUGAAGGCUGAAGGGAAAAAGGUUAUUGAAAGAGAAGUGUUACCUUCUUUAAAGAAGCUUGGGACUUUCAUAAAAAACGAUUACAUGACUGCCACAAGACCUCAUACUGGUGCUGCUACUCUUCCGGAUGGAAAAAGGUUUUAUCAGCAGUGUCUUCGGUUUCAUACCUCAACUGACAUGACUCCUGAAGAAAUCCACCAGCUGGGGCUUCAAGAGGUUAAACGAAUAUCGAAAGAAAUGGAUAAGGUGAUCAAAAGCCUCGGAUCCAAUUUGUCUCGAACAGAUUUUCUGGAACAGCUAAGAAACGAUCCUCAAUUUUUUUUCAAGACACAGCAAGAACUUCUUCAAGCUUACAAGGACACUGUGGAAAAUCAGAUUGAACCUAAGAUAGUACAGGUUAUCAAGGAGGUUCCUAAAACGAAACUACUUAUUGUUCCUUUCCCGCUUUCAAUGACUGAAAGUACAGCUGCUUUUUAUGUGCCCAGUUCACCUGAUGGGAGCAGACCUGGCAUGUUUUUCUUGAAUACUGCAAAUCCUAAACAGUCGCCUAUAUACAAGAUGAUGAGUCUUUCUCUCCAUGAGGGUAUACCUGGUCACCAUCUUCAGAGUUCCUACAUGAAAGAACGGACGGACAUACCACUUUUCAGGCAACUUCUUGAAUACCGGAAAUAUUCAGAUGUUCCUUCCCAUUUUCCCAUUCAUACAGCUUACGUUGAGGGUUGGGGUUUAUACAGCGAGUAUUUGGGAAACGAAUUAAAUCUCUUCAAAGAUCCUUACUUUAGGCUGGGUCAUUUAUCAGAAGAAAUAUUCCGGGCUUGCAGGCUUGUCGUCGACACUGGAAUACAUGCAUUUGGUUGGACCCGUGAAAAAGCCAUUAAUUACAUGUUGAAAAACUCAGCUUCUACUAAAAGAAACGUCGAAGGUGAAAUUGAUCGCUACAUUACCUGGCCUGGUCAGGCUUGUGCCUACAAAAUUGGAGAACUGAAGAUAAAAGAGCUCAGAAAAAAAACUGAAAUUAGGCUGGGAAAUAAUUUUGACAUCAAAGAAUUUCAUGACGUCAUUUUACAAAGUCAGGGUCCACUGUCGUUCUUGGAGGAACAAGUUGACACUUUCAUCGUGAAAAACACGAGGAAGUGAGGACAUUCACUCUCUCAGUUACAUUAUAAAUUAACAUUCAUAUAUACGUUGUUGACAAUGAAUGAAAUUUUAUUUAAUAUUAAGACUUUUAAAGCAUUUUUGAAAAAUAAAUUAAACAAGGUUAACUGAUAUUUUAUACAAAGAAGUCUCGUAAAUAUGUAUACAGUUAAGAUUUGUGUGACUAUACGGAUAAAUAUUGCAUUUUAGAAAAUAAUGCGCUAUGUAUAAAAUUGCUAUAUAAUCUUGUAAAAUUUCUGGAUUACAGGAAUUUAUUCAAAGGACCUUUUGAAUAAAACGCAUUUUUUCA